GUUAACACGUGUGGUGCACUGGUGUGGUGGUGCAGGUGAAUGGUGAGCCGGGCAUUUUUCUCUGAUUUGCUCAUACUGUUGAUAUUCAGUAAUUCUAGGUUUUAGGCCUCUACAGCAGCGACGUUUUGUGCAGUCUCCGGCAGUUUCUGACAGCACUCCCAAUGGCCAACCUCGCACCAGGACUAGACCCUUCAGCCGCGCUGGGUGCCGCUCACCUGCUCAGCAGACCCGCCUCAGAGUUCGGCAAUGACCCCACCGUGGAAUCGCUGUGGGCCAUCAAGGCCGUAGAGCACAUGGAAGUAUACUUCAACCUCAUCAGCGCUGUCGAUCCAAAACUCCUCAAGUUGACCCCGCACGACGACGCGCUCUACAAGGACUUCAGAGCCCGAUUCCCAGCGCUGAACGUGAAGCUACUCGUCGAAGCCGAGCUGAAAAGCGAAGAUUCAAAGAAACAGUGGCGGGAAUUCUGCAUGAACUACGAGGGAGUCGUGGAAGACUAUAACUACGCCACCAUGGUCCGACUGGACAGCGAGAGCGACUACAGAGAAGACAACACGACCCUCGUGCCCCGCGUCCAGUUCUACGCCAUCGAGAUCGCGCGCAACCGGGAGGGACACAACGACGGCAUCAAGAACAAGUACGGCGCCACGAAACCGCAGGAAAGUUGAAGAACCCGCACCUGCUCACAGGAUGGACGUGCAACGACAGUUGAGUUUGUUUAUAAAGGACUUCUGCGCCGCGCAGCAACUCGACGAAGUAUUACCGAUCGAGAGCUUCAGUUUGGCGACUAAGAAGGGUACCAAGCAGCCGGCGGACUACCGAAUCUUUGUGGGAAAGCCGGCCCACCGGGUGCUGCGACCACGGCUAAAGCUGCUCGCAGACGAACUCCUCAAAGUCAGCGCCUCGUGGCCCGUGCCUGUCGCCAAGUGUCACUUCGAGACGUCAUCUCCCUACGUCGGAGUGCAUCUCCACCGCACAGCAGCCUUCCAAUCGUUAUUCGGGUCUAUCUUCGUGGAACAUACUAAAAAGACGCUGCAUGUUUGCAGACAAAAGGCUCUCAUUUUCGUGCCGUUCCUGGACAAGUCGUUCAGUGCCGUUCGAACUGAAAAGCUCGCGGCCUACGCUUGUGCGUGUUACCUCGAGCAGGACGCAGAGGUUACCCUCUAUAUGAGCAGACCUGCCCUGGUGACGAGACAAAGCAACGGUGUCAACCUGAUACCAUGUAUCGCAGAAUCCGAAAUAGACACAGCCACAGAUUUUCGCUCGGUGGUCGAGCGCUGCAAGUAUUACGACCGAGACACCUCGACCUUUAGCUUAAGGAGUUACCUUGAUGAGCAAGGGGUCGACGUGUCCUCCAACUAUGAUCCAAACGUCGACAGUGUUCACGUUGAAAGUAGCGCCUUCGUCACUAUGAGACUCCUCGCACAAAUCUCCCGAGGCUGUAUGUCGGAGCCACUGACGCUGUUGUUCGUAGUCCCCGACUCGAAGAGCUUUGCAGCGCAACAAGCUGGACUUUUGUUUGAAAUGCUCUUUCUCCAACAGUUCCUUGGAGGAGACGUUGCCCCGAAGGUGCUUUACCUCACUCACGGGGGCUGUGUCGAACCGAUAGACUGUUCUUUCGAGACAUAUCAAAGUGCGAGAGACAAUUACAUUCGAGAGGCCUUCCGACGUCCUAGCACCGAGCCCAGCCUCUCAAAGCGUUCCAGGACUGCGGAGGAUGUUUUUCUGGAAGGCGAGGGCGGUACAAAGGAAGAUAUAAAAUCGUCUGUGGGUGUGCUUGUAGAAACGGAGCUUGCUCUCGACUUCCUCUCUAGCAGGCAGAAUCUGAGGAUGAAGAUGGGGGAACGACUGGGCUGUGCAGAGAAUGGACACUAUUCAUUGCAGUACACAGCGGCCAGGAUCGCAGCAGUGCUCGAGAAGUACGAACUUGCAGUCAAUGAGGGUGCCUACCCAGCCUUGUGCAAACUGGAAGAGGCAGACUUCAGCCUGCUGAAUCUUCAGCCCGAAUGGAUGUUGUGGCACAGACUCUCGAUCUGCUGGCGUCUCCUCUUGGAGCCAAGCCCUGCGACGCUCCACGGCAACCCCAUCAAGGUGGAGGUCAAUGCGCAUGCCCUCUGCAAGGCACUCGAAGGGCUCGGGUCAGAAUUCAGCGCCUACUACAGCAAGGUCAGGAUCCUUGUUCAGCCCGAGCAACACUUGCUGAAGACUCUCUGUGCACGUCUCUGGCUCCUGAAGGCUGUCCAGAAAACUCUGCAGCGGAUUUUAAGGCGAUUUGGUCUGACCACAUUGAACAAGAUGUGAAGCUAUUGCGAGGGUCGAUUUGGGAAAAUUGCUGUAUAGAGAUUUUGUUCCUAGAGACUCAAGUUUCUUGAAUCCUGGGACAGGCGUACCUUUCGUUUAAAGGCCAACAUUCAGUUGGAGUCAGCAAGUCAAAUAUAGUAAGGACCCUUCAUCGAGCUAUUGAUGACAGAGAGAGGGAACGGGUUCUAGCCCCGCUGAAGAUGAUUUUGCUGGUUGACCGAGAAAAAGUUGUUAGUUCUGUUACAUAUCAUUUAGGUUGGUUCGCAAAUUUAAAGUGUUAAAUUUUUUUCUUUUGAGAGGGGCAAAUGUAUUCUAAUAAAAAGCAAUUUGUACGACUAA